GUGCGCGCGCGUUCUUUUGCACUUGUUCGCGAAAGAAGAGAAGCGAAUAAAUAUCGGAUUCAAACAUAAUUGCAGUAGAUUUGUGUUCAAAAUAUAGUAAGAGCAAGUUAAUUUUUUUUUGUUUAUUAAAAUCGGAUGGCGGUCGAAAUAAGCAACUCACUUUUAACGCUGCAGCCGGCUGUGGAUGGGGAUGGAAUGGCUCCAUCGCAGACGCAGUCAUUCCACUGGCAAUUGGAGGACUAUGCAUAUUUUGCCAAAUGUGGCGAGAUAACAACAUCGCCGGACGUAUUGUGCUUUGGCUUCAAUUGUAGCUUUUGUCCGGCCAUUUGUUUACAAUUCUCCGUAUUUAUGGAUCAUAUACGUGGUCAUCAUAUGCAGGAUAUGCGCCGGCGCUACGAGUUGACAGAUGAGAAAACCGAGCAAACAACGCAAACGGAUUUGGACUUAAGCUUGAUGGACUUGCACAAGGACAAUAACAACGGGUAUCGGCAAAUAGAAGCAGCAACAACGUCAACAACAACAACAAAUGAAAUUACAGCAGUGGCCACAACAAACGCGCGCAUUGAUAAACGCAUUAGGAAAAUAACAACAACAAACUGGCCUGAAACGACGGCGGGGGGCGCAGCUAACUUGGCGCUAUUGGACAUGGACUUGGGCCUAGAACUGAUGAAUUUGCUGCCACAGACAAACAACAACAGCAACAACACGGGUGCAACAACAACAACAACAAUGUCGAUGACGACGACGACACCAGCCGAAAUAGACUUCGUUUAUGUUAUGGAAAAUCCAUUACCACCCUCACCGCCGCCAUCAGCUGACAUUUCGAUGGCUCUGCCGCCGCCAACGUCUGCGUUGACGCAGCCGCAAACGCAAGCGUUAGUUUCAUUCGAAUUGUUGGCCCCCAGCUGCAUUGGCGGCGGCACGCCUGCAUUUGCAACAACAACAACAACAACAACAACAGCAGCAGCAGCA